GGGUAGCUGGAUAGAUACAGGGGUAGAUAGAGAGAUAGAUUCAGGGGUAGAUGCAUAGAUACAGGGGUGGAUAGAGGGGUAGAUAGAUGGAUAGAUACAGGGGUGAAUAGAAGGGUAGCUAGAGGGAGAGAUACGGGGUGGAUAGAGGGAUAGAUACAGGGGUGGCACAGAGCUGCAUAGCAAGAAUCAGGAAUUCAGGGAUAGGUAGAAGGAUCCCAGUGUGGAGAGGGUCCCAGGACUGUAUAGGGGGAGCAGCCCACGACCCCUGGGCCAGACAAUGGGCUGGGGGGGACCAUGGGCCUGUGCCCCCCUGUUUGUGCUGCUGCUGCUGGCAGCUGCGGGGGGUGAGCGGCACCGGGCCCCCAGGCGGAAAUGCCCCAUCGUCUGCAGCUGCACCCAGGACAACGCACUAUGUGACAGGACAGACGGGGUCCCGCGAGGACUGCCCCCCGACAUCACCUCCCUGUCCCUGGUGCGAUCCGGAUUCACUGAGCUCCGAGAGGGAAGUUUCCUGCAGACGCCGUCCCUGCAGCUGCUCUUGUUCACGUCCAGCACGCUUGGGCUGAUCAGGGACGAUGCCUUCGUGGGACUCCUGCACCUGGAAUAUCUGUUCAUCGAGAACAACAAAGUCGGCUCCAUUUCCAAGAACGCACUGCGGGGCCUCAAGGGACUUGUGCAUCUGAGCCUGGCACACAACCAGCUGGAGACGCUGCCGCGCCACCUGUUCCGGGGCCUGGACGCCCUGACCCAUGUGGACCUGCGGGGGAACCCCUUCCACUGCGACUGCCGGAUCAAGUGGCUGGUGGAGUGGCUGAGCAGCACCAAUGCCAGCGCAGAGCUGGGCGAAUGCCAGGGCCCAGCCGAGCUCAACGGCACCCGGCUGAGCCAGCUGCAGCUCCAGGACUUUGACUGCAUUACCACCGCGCUGGCGCUGUUCCAGUCGCUGCCCUUCCAGGCGCUGUCGGUGGAGCCGUUCUGGUACCAGGGGGAGCAGCACGUGGCCAUCACCCAGCCCUUCGCCGGGCGCUGCAGCCUGCUUGAGUGGGACCACCUGGACGGGGCCUUCCGGGCCUACGCCUCCAUCAACGGCUCGUCGCCUGUGGCCUGCAAGCCGCUGGUGGUGGAGGGGCGGCUGCUGGUGGUGCUGGCGCAGCUCGCCGGGGGGUCCCAUGUGUGGCGUCGGGAGGAGGCCUCGGGGCGCUUCGUGCGGCUGCAGGAGCUGGGCCCGCAGCGCAUCCGCAAGCCCAACGCCCUGGCCAGCUUCCGGGUGGACGGCGACUGGUUCCUGGCUGUGGCCGACAGCUCCAAGGCGGGCGCCACCACGCUCUUCCGCUGGGGCGGGCGCGGCUUCUACGCUCACCAGGCCCUGCACGCCUGGCACCGCGACACCCACGUGGAGUUCCUGGAGCUCGCCGGCCGGCCCAGCCUCAUCCUGGCCAGCAGCUCCCAGCGCCCUGUUGUCUAUCAGUGGAGCCGGCCCGGCCGUGCCUUCCUACGCCACACAGAUAUCCCUGACAUGGACGACGUCUACGCCGUUAAGCACUUCCGCCUGCGCGGGGACGUCUACGUCUGUCUGACCCGCUUCAUUGGUGACUCCAAGGUGAUGCGCUGGGAGGGCUCCAUGUUCCGGGACGUCCAGCACAUGCCAUCACGCGGCUCCAUGGUCUUCCAGCCACUGGGCAUUGGGAGCCACCGCUAUGCAGUGCUGGGCAACGACUACUCCUUCAGCCAGGUGUACCGCUAUGAUGCCCGCUCGGGCCUCUUCGUCCGCUUCCAGGAGCUGAACACCCAGGCGCCCCGCUCUUUCGCCCACCUGGCCGUCCACCAGCGAGACUUUGUCUUCGCCGCCAGCUUCAAGGGAGACACGCAGAUCUACCGGCACAUCACCAUCGACCUGAGUGCCUGAGCCCCGCGCCGGGGCAGAGGGGGGCGCAGGAUGGGACGCAGACAAUGCAGGGUGCAGCACCAGCCACCGGGGGCACAGAACAGGACGCAGACAAUGCGGGGUGCAGCACCAGCCACCAGGGGCGCAGAACGGGACGCAGACAAUGCGGGGUGCAGCACCAGCCACCGGGGGCGCAGAACGGGAUGCAGACAAUGCGGGGUGCAGCACCAGCCACCGGGGGCGCAGAACGGGACGCAAACGAUGCGGGGUGCAGCACCAGCCACCGGGAGUGCAGAACGGGACGCAAACAAUGCGGGGUGCAGCACCGGCCACCGGGGGCGCAGAACGGGACGCAGACAAUGCAGGGUGCAGCACCGGGCAGGGCCAGGGGGGG